GACCUCCUGAUUUUUAAAGCUGAGUAUCUGUUGUACAUAUCCCUUUGAAUACCCAACACGUGGGAUGAAUGUGUAAAAUUUGGUUAAAGUGCAGUCUGUAUUUGGACAUUUUGUUGUGGCUCUGUACUCCAGAACAAUGAAGCUGAAAUAACACAAUAACAAUAAGACCAAAGUGCUGACAUUUACAUUUAAUUGGAACACAUGUUCAUACCUGUCUGAUGAAGUGUGGAGAAAUCAUCCUAGACUUUUUGUGAACACACACAGUUCCUCCCAAGGGGCCUACAACACUUGCCAAAAGCUACAAUCCACAAAGACGGCAUGUUUACCCUAUAGUCUCCUUUUUAUUUUAGGUUCAGCUUUGAGGCACAGAGCCAAAACAAUGAAAAACACAUCAAGGUCCUAAUAUUUUUGGCUACACUGUAUGUUUUCCUGUGUGAGACUGGGGGAUGUCUGGAAAAUUCAUAUGAACACGUAGGCACCCAGUCUGGUUCAGGUCCUGUUUCACUCAUUUUAUAGCAUUUUGUACUUAUUCAAAAAUACUUCUUUGUAGAUAAUUAAUUUUUUUCUUGUUUGUUCAUUUCAUUGUGGUUUGAAUACACUUCAGCAUAAGAUACAGUGCCAUUGCGCACGUGUGGACCGAGAGCAACCGUAGAAUAAAGUGUAAGUUUACAGCGAUGUAACUUUAAUGUGGUCAAAGAAAUCGGCAAAGCUGCAAUCGAGCAGUGUUCUACCAGUCAACUCAUCUUUUGAUUCGUUCAGUAAAUGAACCAUAGUUUGACCUGAAAGCCUGUAAAACUCCCCUAUAUUCUCCUCUGGCGAGCCACGCCAUGUAGAAUAUAUAUAUAUAUACAGUAAGUAUAUAUGGCGACAAUCCUUAGUGGCGGUGGAGAUGGAUGGACCGUGCUUUAAGCAGUUAAAAUGAUUAUUAUUAUUUUUUUGAUGGUGACCUUGGCUUGUGUGCAUGAAACCAGAGUUGAUAUAAGAGGUUGGACACACAGUUUGUAGCCAGGAUCCAGCAGCAGAGCGCACACAGCCAACACUCUGGACUUCCCACUACUUUCAGGCGCAGCUCUCGUGAAUGCUGGGGCUUUUCUUGCCGGCUAGAGGUUGGCCAUUAUCUGUCACUGCUUCAGUCUGAUUUAGAGUCGUUUUGAAAGGUGGACCGCGCUGUUGGUGCGCGCAUGAACCCUUUCAUUGGAUUUACGCACACAUCGCUGGAGAAAGUCGACCAGAAUAGCGCACUUGGUGUGGCAUUAGCUCGUCUCCAACAGAAAGCGGCAGCCGUAAAGCUCCCGAUUUGAUCAUUUGUGUCUAAAGUAAUUAUUAUUGUUAGCAACGCCGCGGAGGUGUUGUACCAAGAUGCUUCCGGAGUUGGCCUGGCGGCGCGCCUGUGCCUCGGAGGACGCGCCAGAGCCGUGGACUGUUUGCCUGCUGUUGGGUUUAGAGCUUCUCCAACAUUUCGCUGGAUUAUAACCGAGAACAGCAGCCUUUUAACGGCAAAACUGUCUCAUCAAAGUCACGUGUGUUUUGACAACCUACUCUCAUCUGUUAAUAAAGCCGAGGACGGCGAAUGUGAUUGAAAACAAACAGCGCGCUGGGAAACCUUUUUCAGUGGAUACGUAUUUUGACAAAACGCAUCGAGAAUCGCAUAGUGAUGCUGCGUCGUAUUCGCGUCCUGCUGUUACUGCUGCACCUGACCGUGCUGCUCCUGGGCUGGUCAGCCGGGGCUGGUCGGGUACGGAAGAAGGCCACCAGGACCCGGACCUGUCUGGACCUGCCAGAGGAGAUCCUGGAGCAGAUUUUCGGGCGGCUCUCAGUAGGAGUGAUGAGCGCUUUCCAUCACGCCCUGCAGCUGGAGCCGCAGGACAAGCUCAACCUGACCUGUCCGACCACCGCAAGGUCCCCAACCGAGAGCAAGACCCGACUCCCGGUCAAUCUGCUCAGCAUCUCCCCGUGGGCCUACAGGAUUUCGUAUGACCCAACUAGGUAUCCCCGGUAUAUCCCUGAGGCCUACUGCCUGUGUAAGGGCUGCCUGACUGGACCAUAUGGUGAAGAGAGCAACCAGUACCGCAGCACUCCAGUCUACACCCCCUCUGUCAUCCUGAAGAGAACAGGUGCUUGUGUUGGUGGCCGCCACUCCUAUGGAGAGAUCUACAUCUCCAUUGCUGUGGGAUGCACCUGUGUGCCGCUGCUGGAGAAGGAGCGGGACGGCCACAGCAGCAACCAGAGCACGGAGAGAGAAGAGCCCAAAGCCAAACGGCUCAUCCCUGCAGGCAAGAAAGUGUGAAGGAAGCACUGCUGUCCAGAUAAGUCUUUCUGCACCAGACCCACAUUCGUUAGUUUCAUCUUUCCCCUCUGACACGUUCAACACCUUGAGUGAUUAUACCUUGAAGUAGAUGCCCCUGUAACUUUCCCUAAACAAGUACAUAUUGAAUAUUUGGAUGGUGAAGGGUUUGGUACAAAGCUCUUGGAUAGUUUCCUUCUCGAAGCAAAUGAGGACUGUGUCCCUGUUUUAGUUUUACACA